AUGAAUCAAUUGAGAGAAGAGCUGGUGAACACCACCGUCGAGGAGAAGCGGUUGGAAGAGAACAGCAAGCAUGAGAAGUACUGGUACAGGUGGGGUCCUUACUUGAGUGAGAGAGCUUGGGCCACUGUGCGUGAGGAUUACUCCCAGAACGGUGACGCCUGGUCGCACUUCCCAUUCGAGCACGCCAACGCCCGUGUCUUCAGAUGGGGUGAGGACGGUCUCUUUGGUGUCAGUGACAACAAGCAGCUGGUGUGUAUGAACGUCGCCUUGUGGAACGGUAAGGACGAGAGGUUGAAAGAGCGUCUCUUCGGUCUUACGGGACACCAAGGUAACCACGGUGAGGACGUCAAGGAGUUGUACUACUACCUGGACAACACACCUACCCACUCGUACAUGAAGGCCCUGUACAAGUACCCUUUCAAGAAGGCCUUCCCUUACAAAGAAUUGGUCCAGAAGAACGCCGAACGUGGCUACCAGGACCGUGAGUUCGAAGUCCAUGAAGUCGACGGCUUGUUCCAUGAUAAGGCCACCGGCGACACCCCUUACUUCGACGUCUACUUCGAAAUGGCAAAGAGCGACAGCAACCCUGACGACUUGAACUUCAGAAUCACCGUCCACAACAGAAGCAACCAGGACUCAGGCGAGCUGUACGUUACCCCACAGAUCUUCUACAGAAACACCUGGGCUUGGGAUGCUGAGUCCAAGAAGAACAUGCCAAGAUUGGAAAAGGAUGCCCACGCCAACAACUUGGUUCAUUUGUUCCACAAGAAGUUCGGAAAACAGAAAAUCGUCUUCCAACCUUCCCCAGACAUCAAGGAAGGCGAAGAUGUCGAACCAGAGCUUUUGUUCACAGAUAACGAGCCUAACUUGGUUAAAUUGUUCAAUGACAAAAAGAACCCAUCCCCUUACUCUAAGGACGCUUUCGAAGAAUACUUGGUCCACGGAAACAAGAAGCUAUGUAACCCAGAACACAAGGGUUCUAAAGCCGGUGCCGUCUAUCACUUCAAGAACAUUCCAGCUGGUGAAUCUGUCACUGUCAGAUACAAGUUCACUAACGACUUCGAUAACACUAUCUUCCCAUCCAAGGACUUGGCUGUCAUUGACGAAGAUAUCUUCGACACCACUUUCGACAACAGAAAGGAAGAAGCUGAUAACUUUUACUGGAGAGUUAACCCAUCCCCAAUUGACAAGGAAUUGAGAAAUGUGCAAAGACAAGCAUUCGCAGGUCUGCUUUGGACCAAACAGUUUUACAACUUGACCUUCGAUGAAUGGUUCAAAGGUGAUCCAAAUAUUAAGCCUCGUCCUCCACAAAACAGAGCCAAUGGUAGAAACAGCAACUGGCAACAUCUGUACAUCGAAGAUGUCCUUUCUAUGCCUGACAAAUGGGAAUAUCCUUUCUUCGCAUCUUGGGACACUGCAUUCCACUGUAUUCCUUUGGCCAUGAUUGAUCCUGACUUUGCCAAGAAACAACUAGACUUGCUAACUAGAGAAUGGUAUAUGCAUCCAAAUGGUCAAAUUCCUGCCUAUGAAUGGAACUUCAAUGAUGUCAACCCACCAGUCCACGCUUGGGCAGUUUACCGUGUAUUCAAGAUUGAAAAGUCUCUAUAUAACCGUGAAGAUCGUCACUUCCUGGAACGUGUCUUCCAAAAGUUGCUACUGAAUUUCACCUGGUGGGUUAACCGUAAGGAUGCUAACGGUAAGAACUUGUUCGAAGGUGGUUUCUUAGGUCUAGAUAACAUUGGUAUCUUUAACAGAUCCGAACCAUUGCCAACUGGUGGUACUCUGGAACAAGCUGACUCUACUGGUUGGAUGGCAUUCUUCUCAUUACAAAUGCUGAACAUUGCUUUGGAAUUGGCCAAAACUAACCCAGCCUAUGAAGAUAUUGCCUCCAAGUUCUUCGAACAUUUCAUUUUGAUUAGUGACUCCAUGUCCUUCGAGUAUCAAAAGGACUUGGAUAAUGGUGAAAUCAUUAAGCAAAACUUGUGGAAUGAAAACGAUAAAUUCUACUAUGAUGCCAUUUCAUGGGGUGGAGACCACAGAGAACAGCUACCAAUUAGAUCCCUGGUUGGUUUGAUCCCACUAUAUGCAUCCAUGACUUUAGAACCUUCUAUUAUCUUACAGUUCAAGGGCUUUAAAAAGCGUGUCGAUUGGUUUGUCAAGAACAAGAAGGAGAUCUUUGGUAGAAAUGUUGCUUCUAUGUCUGAAGAAGGUGUGGGUAAGAGAUUACUACUGUCUUUGGUCACUAAGGAUAGAUUGGAAGCAAUUUUGAAGCGUAUGCUAGACGAAACUGAAUUUUUAUCUGAUUAUGGUAUCAGAUCUUUGUCUAAAUACCAUGAGAAGCAUCCUUUCGAAAUGAAUGUUCAUGGUGUUCAAUAUAAGGUUCAAUACUUACCUGGUGAAUCCGACUCCGGUAUGUUUGGUGGUAACUCUAACUGGAGAGGUCCAAUCUGGUUCUCCACUAGUUUCUUGAUCAUUGAAUCAUUGCAAAGAUUCCAUUUGUACUACGGUUCUGACUUCAAGGUUGAAUGUCCUGUUGGUUCUGGUAAGUUCCUAAACUUAUCUCAAGUUGCUGAUGAAUUGUCUUCUCGUAUGGUCAAAUUAUUCUUGCCUGACCAAAAGACUGGCUUGCGUCCAGUUCACGGUGACAUUGAAGCUGACUUCUUGUCUAAGGACCCACACUUCAAGGAUCUAAUCCCCUUCUUUGAAUACUUUGAUGGUGAUACUGGUAGAGGUCUUGGUGCUUCUCACCAAACUGGUUGGACUUCAUUGGUUGCUAAGUGGAUCAGUGAAGUUGGUAUCUAUUGUACUAAGUCUUUGGAUAAGAAGAACUUAAAGGAAAAUGUACCAAAAGGUGGAUUUGCUGACGGUACUCCAAAGAUGAAGGACGAGCGUAGACGUAAGAGCACAAAGUCAUUGGUUAAUGUCGAAUCAACCAAGUUGGAACUAGCCGAAGAAUGCGAUAGCAAGGACAAGUUUGAAAAUGCCUACACCGCCUAUGUUGGUGCCAAUGCUGAACAUAUCCUUGAAACCAAAUUGAUGGAGAGGUUGAGAGAAAAGAUGCAAAACUUAUCCUUUGGCGAUGACAUCGUUGAUGAUGAAUUAGCUACAAAUGCCAACUCUGAUUUGGCAUGCCACUUUUAG